AUGCUUAAAAAUGAAGUACAACGGUGGAAGUGCACAAAUAAAAAUUGCAAAAGUUUUUUAAAGCUCGAUGAUCUAAAAAAUAUGAUUUCUGAACCAACAUCGCAUAAUCACGAUUCAAAUGAACCAGCACACCUUAAACGACAACAAUUAAGCAACGGACUAAAGCGAAAAGCUAUUACAGAUAUAUCAAUAAAACCAUCAAAACUUAUUUGUACUGAACUUAGUGGCGGAUGCAUUACUUCUACUGCCGGAGAUAUUAACCUAGUACGUAAAAAUAUAUACAAUGCUCGGAGAACUAUUUUGCCAAAAAUUCCGACAAAUUCUGAAGAGGUACAUAACAUGUUACAACAAAACCAAAUAUUUACAGCUGAAAAAGAAAAUUUUGUUAUGGUAAACGAUAAGCAAACAAAUAUUAUAUUAUUUUCAUGUGAAAAAAAUUUAAGAUUUCUAAGUAACCUUAAAACAAUAUAUGUCGAUGGGACUUUUCAAUAUUGCCCAAAAUUUUUUCUACAAAUGUUUACAAUACAUGGUCUGAUAAAUGAUUAUUACAUUCCAUUGGCAUUUUUUUUACUGCCUAACAAAGAAAGUAAAACGUACGAAAAAGCGUUUACGUAUUUGAAUGAAUCGUGCUCAAAAUAUAAUGCUACCUUUGCUCCUGAUACUGUGUUCGUUGAUUUUGAAAUUGCAAUUCAUAAAGCUGUGUGUACUGUGUGGACAGAAGCGGAAAUAAAAGGUUGUCGUUUCCAUCUGGGACAAUCGUGGUGGCGAAAAAUACAAAAUCUUGGAUUGGCCAAUGAAUAUAAGAAUAAAUCAGAAAUAGGUUUAUUUCUUAGAAUUUGUUUUGGACUGCCAUUUUUACCUCCAGAAAUGUCUAACCGAUCUUAA